AUGCCGUAUCGAGGCAUUCCAAGCAAAGGAUGCGGUACGUGUCGUAAGAGAAAAAUCAGAUGUGAUCAGCGACCGGGAACGUGUAUGAACUGUGAAAAGGCGAACCGGGAAUGCACAGGCUACAGGAACGCCAUCGAUCUGAUGUUCCACGAUGAGACCGAAGUGGUCGCAAGGAAGAUGAGGAGUGAGCUCUCCUUCGACUUUGCAUCUGACUCCGACAGAGGCGCGCUCCCUCAACCAUCCAUCCCACAGAAGUCCAUCGCCUUUCCACAAGUCGACACCUCGUCAAUCCAGACUUCUGAUCUGCCACCUGCGCUCGAGACGCAAGCGACAACUUUCUUCUACAGACACUUCCUCCUCAACAACACGUACUACGCGAAUGAGACUGAGCUGUUCGCAAAUCUCUCGCCUUUGUCUCCGUUACCCAGCGUGAGAUCAUUGUACCACAGCAUCGUAGCUCUUGGGCUCGGAAGCCUUGUCAUCCAUUCUUCGACUCACUCAGAAGUACCUCUCUCCGUCUACUCGGAGGCUCAGUACCUGGCAGCCAUUUCAGCGCUGGGUUCAGCCGUAUCUUCACCGAGCGAAGCCACAUCCGACCAAACGCUUCUUUCGGUCAUGAUCCUCACGAUUUUCGAGACGUUCACACUUUCGACACCCAAGCUAUCGCCCAAUGCUCAGCCAACAGUGCCAAGUCUGACUGCCUGGUCGAAUCAUAUCUCGGGUGCCGCAGCUCUCCUUGAAGCUCGCGGUUCGGACCAAUUCGCUAGACCCGAUGGUCUGCGCCUUUUCGUCCAGGCGGCAGUUCCUCUCUGUGUCAAUUGCCUACAACAAGGCCGCCCGGUCCCGGAGAGCAUUCCAUCCGUCGUCGCCGAAGGUAGGGCCCGGAACCUGAUCAAUGAGGCCUCUUUGCCGCAAUCGCCCUGGCAUAGUUUCGAGUUCGUGAUUCGCUUCACACAUUUCGCAGGCCGCGUCCGCCAGCGCCAGAUCACCGAUCUUGUUGAACUGCUUGAGUAUUCCACUGCCAUGGACCAAGAAGCAGAAGACAUUUGCGCUGGUUUGCUCGGCUCUAAUGAACUCCAAGUCGUCACAUCUGUGCCAACUCUCGACCCCAAGGACGACAUCCUGCCCUUAGGCUACUGUCACGGCUACCCCUCUUUCAUGCUCGCGGAACUCCUCAACGGCCUGCGCGCUUUUCGCCUACAGCUAAACGGCCUGGUGCGCAGCGUUCUCCUGGUCGGCAUGACUCAGCGCCCGCCUCUUUUCCCUGGUGCUGAACACACGACCCUUCUCCAGCAAGCCACCGACAACAUCCGCACCUUCUCCGAUGAGAUAAUCGCGAGCGUCCCUCAGUAUCUCGGCUAUGUGCCCACAAGCCAGCACAGCCCACCGUACUCAGGCGUCGAUUCGCGCGACACCACACCCGGCGCACCUCCCAGCCCCGGCGACAUCCCUCGCAAGCCGGCCUUCCCAUGGUCGCCCUUCCCGUCUCCCUCAGCCACCGCGCUGGGCUCGCUGCCUCUCGUGCGCAGCGCCGGCGGCUGCCACAUGCCCUGGGCGCUGAUGACGGUGGCGACGACGGACGUGGCCACCAAGACGACGCAGGCGUGGGUGGCGAAGCGGCUGUGGCAGACUGCGAGACAAUACAGCAUUGCGCAGGCGGCGGUGCUGGCAAAGAGGGUCAGUGAGGGGACGUGGGUGGAGGGCUGGUGGCGUGGUAUUUCGCCGAAGGAUGGGAAGGGAUGGACGCCUGCGGAGGAGGCGGGGAGGGGUGGACAAUUGGAUUGA